CCUGGCCUUCGAGAUCUUCAUCCCGCUGGUCCUCUUCUUCAUCCUGCUGGGGCUGCGGCAGAAGAAGCCCACCAUCUCCGUCAAGGAAGUCUGUAAGUUUGCCUCGUUCUUUACUCUAGCAGAGCAGCAUUAUAACAAAAGUAUUGUUCAUACUACUACUAUUAUUAAUAAUAAAAGUAUAUUAUAAUGCAGUACAACCAUAUUAUUAUUGUUGUAAUCAUAUUAUAUUAUAUUAUAUAUCAGGUAUGGGCAAACCCAGGGAGGCUGGAUGCAGUCCCUUGGGCUCCUUUCUCAGGCCCUCCUCUCACCAUCCUAUCCUUCCUUCCUUCUCUCUUUCCUUCUUCCUUCCCUCCCUCUUUCUCCUUCCUUCCUUCUCUUCCUUCCGUCUUUCCUCCCUCCUUCCCUCUCUUUUUCCUUCUUUCCCUUUUGUCUUCCCUUCCUUCCUUCCAUUCCUCUAUUUCCUGCCUUCUCUCUUUCUUUCCUUCCCUCCUUCCCUUCCUUCCCUCCUUUGUUCUCCCUCCCUCCUUCCUUCCACCUUUUUGUCCUUCCUUCCCUCUCUUUCUCCUUCCUUCCUUCCUUCCCUCGCUUUUCUCUUCCCUCUCUCCCUUCCACCCUUACUACCUUCCAUCCUUCUCAUCCUCUCUUCGUUCCCUCUUUCCUUCCUCCUUUCCUCCUUCCCUUCCUUGCCUCCCUCAUUCUCCCUCCUUCCUUCCCUUCCAUCUUUUCGUCCUUCCUUUCCUCACUUUCUCCUUCCUUCCUUUCCUCUCUUUUGUCUUCUCUCGCUCCCUUCCACCCUUCCUUCCAUUCUUCUCUUCCUCCCUUCUCUCUUUCCUCCCUCCUUCCCUUCCGUGCCUCCCUCAUUCUCCCUCCUUCCCUUCCACUUUUUUGCUCUUCCUUCACUCUCUUUCUCCUUCCUUCCUUCCUUCCAUCCAUCCAUCCUUCUCUUCCACCCUUCUUUCUUUCCUUCCUCCUUCCCUUCCGUGCCUCCCUCAUUCUCCCUCCCUCCUUCCUUCCCUUCCACCUUUUCUCCCUUCCUUCACUCUCUUUCUCCUUCCUUCCUUCCUUCCUUCCUUCCAUCCAUCCAUCCAUCCAUCCAUCCUUUUCUUCCACCCUUCCUUCUUUCUUUCGUUCCUCCUUCCCUCCUUCCCUUCCUUACCUUCCUUACCUCCCUCAUUCUCCCUCCCUACUUCCUUCCCUUCCAUCUUUUUGUCCUUCCUUCACACUCUUUCUCCUUCCCUCCAUCCAUUCAUCCUUCUCUUCCACCCUUCCUUCUUUCUUUCCUUCCUUCCUCCUUCCCCCCUUCUCUACCUUACCUCCCUAGUUCUCCCUCCCUCCUUCCUUCCCUUCCACCUUUUCUUCCUUCCCUCCCUCCCUCCCUUUUGUCUUCCCUCUCUCCCUUCCACCCUUCCUUCCAUCCUUCUCUUCCUUCUCUCUUUCCUUCCUCCUUCCUUUCGUUACGUCCCUCGUUCUCCUUCCCUCCCUCCUUCCCUUCCACCCUUUCAUCCUUCCUUCCCUCUUUUCUCCCUCCUUCCUGCUCUCUAUUUAUCCUUCCUUCCCUUUUGUCUUCCCUUCCUCCUUCCCUCCCUCCUUUCCUUCCUUCCUUCCAUCCCUCUCUUCCUCCCUUCUCUUUUUCCUUCCUCCUUUCCUCCUGGGGUUUCCUUCCUCCUUUCCUCCUGACCGAAAAGGAUGGAGUGUGAUGGAGUCUCCUUCUCUGGAGGCUUUUCCACAGAGGCUGUCUAUCAGGAGUGCUUUGAUUAUGCCUUCCUACAUGGGAGGGGGUUGGACUGGAUGACCCUUGGGGGGUCUCUUCCAGCUUUAGGUUUCAAUACCAGGAGUAGCAAAGACGAGGUCCAAUGGAGACACUUUGCGGCCCCCAAGUUAGAAAGUUUGCCCAUGCCUGCUAUAUAUCAUAAUAACAGAAGUUUACUAUGAUAAUAUAUUAUAACACAAUACAAUGAUAUUACCAUUAUUAGUAUUGCAGUUACAUUAUAUUGAUCCCUUGCAAGUGGUGUACCCAAAACAAUUGGGAAUAACUAAUAUCUCCCUUUUCCAUGGAUUCCUCUUUCUUUUCCUGCCUUUCUUUCCUUGGGAAAUAUAUCUGAGAGUCUUGGCCUUUGGAACGCUAUCUAUGUGUGUCUUGCCUUAAUAAUAAUAUUACUACCAAUAAUAAUUCCUAACUCCUUUUCUGUCCUUCUGUCUUUGACACCUGUCAGUGACCUGCAGUGUCCAGCAUGGGGCCGAAAGGUCAGAGGUCUCUGAUAGCGAUGGACGAUGGGAGUUGUAGUUUCCAAGCUGCAGGCUUGGAGACACCAGUGACCUCUGACCUUUGGCGUCCUAACUGACCCUUUGAAGGGGGUUGGAAGGGGCGGCUAUGGGGCUUGGCCUGUUUCCUCCUCUUCCUCUGCUUCCUCCUCCUCUUCC